AUGAGCAAAAAGAAUGAUGUAUAUGAAGAAAAUGGAGAAUAUAAUCCUAAGGUUGAAGAACUUUUAACAAGCGCCUUAGAAUUUUUUAAUAUUCAUGGGCUUGCUAAAGAGGAAGUUAUAAAUAAUAUUAAGAAGGACGAAAAUACGAUUAAAUUAUUAAACGAUUUUUAUGAAAAGAAUGAAGAAUGUUUAUUUAUCUUUAAUGAGAAAGAUUGCAUAAAGAUAUAUAAUUCUAUAUUAGAUCUAUAUAAAAAACGAAAGAAUGAAAAAUUUUUAAUUAUAUAUAAGACCCCACAAAGUAAUAUUUUAUAUUUAGAAAUGAAUAAUGAUGCUGAAAAUGUUAUAAGAAAUUUUUUAGAAAUUUUUUUUUCUAACUUUAUGAAUAAAAAUGAAGAUAUAAAUUCAUCUUCUCUUUUAAAAGAAAUGAAAAAAAAGUUUAAUAAUUUUUUGCUUAAUUUAAGAAUUAUAUAUGGUGAAACCGAAGAUAAACUUACAUUACCUUAUGCUCCUUCAGAAAUAAAAGAAGAAAAUGUUAACACGAUCGAAGAAUAUUUAAUACAUUUUAUUAAAUGUUAUCAUAUAAUAUUACGUAAUUUUAUGAAUUAUAAGAAAAAGGAAUAUACAAAUUGUUAUGAAUUUUUAAAAUGUCUAAAAAACAAAAGUGAAGAUAUUAAUUAUUUAUAUAAUGAAAUAGAUAAAGAUAGCUUUCAAGAAAUUAUAAAUAUAAUUUUAGAAAAAAAAAAAAAUUCGAGUUAUAAAAAUAUUAUAGAAAAUAUAAAAAAAGAAAUAUCUGAACAUAAAAUGGAAAUAUUAGAUCUUUAUACUCAUUUAAAACCAGUAGUACACUUUUUACAAAAAUUAGAAUUUAAUAAAGAUGAUGAUAUCGAAAAAAAAUAUAUAUAUAUUACACCUAUAAUACAUUCCUUAUCUAUAUCUAUAAAUAAAUCUAAUUACUUGAUAAAAAAUUGUAAAUUUGUAUUUAAUUUCUUAUCUAAAGUCUUAAUUAAUUCAUGUAACCAGAACUUGAAUACUCCAGAAAUUAUUAAUUCUAUAUAUAAUUGUGUUGAUGUUUUAAAAAUUAAAUUAUAUGACACUUUAAAUUUCUUACUUAACUUUUUAUAUAUCUUUAAAAUGUAUAAGAGUAAAAAUGAAAAACUUCAAUCCUUACAUGAACAUAACACAUAUGUAAUUCAAAGGAAAACACAGAUACAAGUAACUUCUGAAAAAGGAAAUGAGCUACAUAUUAAUAUGUCACCUGAAAAAAAAAAAAAAAAAAAUAUAGAUAUAGAUAUAAUAUCAUCUUACCAAAAUGGAAACAAUAACCAAGAAACUUUAAAUCAAGAAGAUGAUAUAAAAAAUGAAUUAGAAGAAGAAUAUAGCUAUUUCCCAUCCAUAAGUUUGUAUAUGUAUAAAUUAAAGAUACUUAUUGAAUAUUUAAAAAUUUAUCAAACGUAUAUGAAACUUGAAAAAAUUGAAAUUCCAGGAGAAAAAGGAAAAAACCUGACAGAAGAAAUACAUAACAUAUCUAAUGAUUUUAAUAUAAUAAACGAAAACUUUUUAGAUAUUAAUCAUGAAAUUUUAAAUGAACAUGAACAUAUUUUUAUAAACAAAUAUAAUAUUUUUGAAUCUAGAGUCAAAGAAUUAAACAAAAGAUUAAUAUGUGUAUUUGUAUAUUCUUUUGAUAACGAUUUAAAAAAAAAUAUCAAGUUAUUAAAUUCGUUUUUAAUAUUAAGAGAUAUACAUGUUAUCGAGGUAGAGCUAAUAAGACAUGCCUCUCUUUUGUGUCAAGAUCUAAAGAAGGAGUUUAUAUUGGUAGAUAAUUUAUUUAUAAAAAAUAAAACAAUUAUAGAAAACAACAAGAAAAUGUUUUUAGAGAAUAAAUUCCAACAGGGGCAAUGUGACCUUGACGGGAUAGAAAAUGUGAUAAGUAAUAAUAUUGAAGAGGAACAUAUAACCAAAAAGAAUAUUACAGGUGAAAAUAUGAUAAGUAAUAAUAUUCAAGAUGAUAAUACAGCCAACAGCAACAUUACAGAUGAAACUAUCCCGGAUGUAAAAGCCUCAAGCAUAACAAAUAAUAUAAAUAUAAAUAUAAAUAAUCAAAUGAAGAACAAACUAGAGAUAGAUAAAAUGGAACGAGAAAUCAAAGAAAGGUUUGAAGAUAACUUGAAAAGGUUAAACAUAAAUAAGAAUUCUCCUUUAUUUUGUGAAGUUAUAAAUUUGUUUACAUCAUUAUUAAAAAGAAUUGAGCAACAAUAUUUCCCUCUAAAGAAAAUAAUAAAAGUAUUAAAAUUUGAAAAUGAGAAAACUGAAGAAGUUAAACAUUUAUAUAAAAAUAUAAAUGAGAAAAUUAGUAAAUAUAUAAAUGAUGUAAGCAAAGAGUGGUUUAAAGAAACUAUUGAUGUUGUUAAUAAUUUUUUGAAUGAAUAUAUAUUUAAAAAAAGGAAUGAUUUAUUUUAUGUAAAUUUCCAUCCUUAUAUCUUUAUGUUUAUAAAUAAUAUAAAGAAUUUUUUCUUAAAUAAUUUAAGUGUAAAUGAAGAUUGUUUACAUAUUUAUAAUAAAGCAAAUACAUUUAAGAAAUUUAUUAACAUUUUAAAUAAUAUUACUAAAAAAUAUAAUAGUGUCUUAACUAAAACAUUAGAUGUCGAAAAAGAAUUAUUUGAAGAAAAAAUGAAUAAUGUAAAGAAUAGAUUAUUAAAAGGUGUAAACGAAUUAAAAUGGUCAGAUGAUAAUAUAUAUGAAUAUAUUGAAAGUGUUGAUAAAGAUAUGUCUGAUAUAUAUAAUAAUAUUUCUACUCUUCAUAAUAAUAUUGUAUCUAUAUUAAAUGUAACCAGUAACUGGGUUAAGAAAUGUAUUAUUGAAAAACGGAAAAGGAAUGAAGAUAUAUAUAGUUAUUUAAAUAAUUAUAAGAAUAAUAUGUCUAUAUUAAAAGGGAAAUUAAAUGAUGAUUUUAAAAAUAUUAAUAUGAAUAUUAAGCAGUCAUAUGAUAUUUUAAAAAUAAAGAAAAAUAACAUCACGUGGAAAAAUUAUUUAAAAUUUUUAAAUAAUAUUAUUAUAGAUAAAUUAAUACAUUUAACGAAUUUUUUAUUUAAUAAUUUAUAUGAUGUUAUGAAAUGUACAAAAAGAGAUGAACAAUUAUUUAUUAUAAGAAUUAAUUUUAUAGAAAAUAAGCUUAAUUUAGAUUUAAAAUUAACAAGUAAAAAAACAUUUUGUAUAGAAACAAUUUUUUAUAAAUGGAUAGAUGAUUUUAUGAAUCUAUGUUCUGGUAUUAGAAGAAUAGAUAUAAAAAGUGGUGAUUAUUUAAAUGAAAUUUUAUUAAGUUUAAGUAUUCAUUAUAAUAAAAAUAAAAUAGAAAAUUUUUUUCAAAAUACUAUUAAAAAAAGUUAUGAAUAUUUAGAUAGUUUAACAAAAUAUGAACAUAUAUGGAAAAUUGAUAUUAAGAAGGAAUUUCUUUCUUUUAAAAAAAAAAACGAAAUACAAUUAUAUCCUACUUAUUUUGAAUAUAAUAAUAAUUUUCAGGACUCUUUAAAAUUAAUAAAUAUUAAUAUUCCUUACUUAUUUCCAAAUGUGUUAGCAUAUAAGAAAUUAAUAUUAACCUUAAAACAAGACCUUAACAAAUUCUAUCAUUUAAAAACAUAUGAGCCUAUAAAUUUUAUUUUAUUUUAUUCGGAAAAUUUUGUAGAAAAGUUAAUAAAUUUUACUAAAAAAAAUAUAUCUCUAUAUAGUGAAUAUCUUCAAAAUUUUGUAAAAGAUGUAGUAUAUUCUAUUAAUUCGUUUUAUGAAAAUGUUAUAAACAAUUUGAACGAAAUAAGUAUAGUAGAUUUUUUUAGUAAAAAAGGAAAUUCCAAAAAGGGAGUAUUGGAAAAAGGGGAGACCAAUAUUGGUCUUCAAAAAGGAGAAAAAAAUGUUAGACUUAAGAAGGAAGGCAUUGACAAUAUGGAUAUUUCUAAAAUGGAUAAUAAUAAUCAAAUGAAUGAUGAUAAUAAUAAAAUGAAUGAUUUUGAUGAUGAUGAUGAUGAUAAUAAUAAAAUGACUGAUUUUGAUGAUGAUAAUAAUAAUAAAAUGAUUGAUUUUGAUGAUGAUGAUGACAAUAAAAUGAAUGAUUUUGAUGAUGAUGAUAAUAAUAAAAUGAUUGAUUUUGAUGAUGAUGAUAUUAAAAAAAUUGAUUUGGAUGAUAAUAAUAAUAUUUAUGACGAAUCCAAGCGAUAUAAAAACAAGAAUGCUCUUAAGAAUGAAGAGAAAGAAAAAGAAAAGACAAAUGCAUCAAAGAUAAACAAAAAGAAAGACAUAUUUUACAAUCUAAUGAGAAACCUUAGAAGCGUAAAAUUGAGCAGAAAAAUUAUCCCAUUAAUUUUUCAAAAGAUUAAAGAAAUUAUGGAAAACUUAAAAGAAUUAGAUAUAAUUAUAAAAUAUAAUGAUAUAUUAGAUAAUAUUGAAAAGAAUAAAGAGAAAGUAGAAAUACAAUAUAAUGAUAUAAAAGAGAAAAUAUUGAAAUAUAAAAAUAAUGAAAUAAAAAAUAUAAAAUUAGAAAUAAAAGAUUUUAAAGAGGAAUUAACUAAACUUAAAAAACAUAUUUUUAAAAAUAUACCAAGUACACCUAAAGAUAUAUAUAAUUUUCCAUAUGAAAAAAUUAAUGAAUUCAGAAAAAGUUUUCAAACUUAUAAAGAUAAACAAAAAUAUCAUAAUGAAUUAGAAAUUUUAUUUGAAAUCGAUAUUACUAUUUUUGAUGAAUUAGAUCAAAUUGAUAUUAAAUUAACAGAUCUUAAACAUUUAUGGGAUUUAGUAAAUAGUAUAAUAUUUUUUAUAGAACAAGAAAAAAAGAAAUUAUGGAAAAAUAUUGAUGUUAAUAGUAAUAUUUAUUUAAUUGAUUUUAUAUCAUUAUAUAUUAGAAAAAACUUUUUUGAUUUAAAACAUUUAUCUAUAUAUGAAUAUAUUAUUAAAGAAUUAAAAAAAUUAUCUUCUAUAUUACCUUUAUUGGUUGAUUUAAAUAAUGAAUGUAUAUUUGAUAGACAUUGGAAUAUUAUUAUAAACAUAUCUGGAAACAUCAAUAAUUUGUAUACAAAAAAAAAAGAAAAUAAUAAUAAUAAUAAUAAUCAAAACAAUUAUAUUAAUAAUACAGAUUUAUUAAAUACACCAUUAUCUAAUAAUAAUAAUAAUAAUAUAACAUCUAUUAUGAGUAUUCAUACUUUUAAUAAAGAGGAACAAUUAAAUUAUGACAAUACAUAUGAUAAUGAAAAAGAAACAAAUAAUAAUAUUUUUCUUAAUAAAAAUAUACAAAUAAAAUAUAAAGAAUUAACUCUUCAAGGAUUCUUUGAUCUCAAAUUAUACAAACAUGUAGAUGCAGUACAUGAUGUUAUUGAACAAGCUAAAAAAGAACAAAAAAUUGAAAAUAAAAUUAAAGAAAUAAAUGUUAUAUGGAAAGAAAUGAAUUUUGAAUUUUUAAAAAAAAAUAAUUAUAUACAAAUAACUAAUAUGGAUAUGAUUCUGGAAAUUGUUGAUGUACAUACUUCUGAAAUUUUGUUCUUUAUUAAUCAAAAAAAAUUUAUUUUAUUUAUUCAAGAAACUAUAUUAAAUACACAAGAAAAUUUAAAAAAAAUUGAUGAAGUCAUAAAUAUAUGGAGAAAGUUUCUGAAUAAAUUUGAACGACUACAACCUAUCUAUUUAAAUUCAGAAGAUAUACAUUCUCAACUUCCUGAGGAAAGUAAAAUGUUUUUUAAUAUCGAAAAUGAAUAUAAAGAAAUCAUACAUAGUGCAGCAGAACAAAAAAAUGUUUUACAAGUAUGUCUUAAUGAAGAUUUAUUUUAUUUAUUAAGCAAAUUUUUUAAAAAUAUUGAAUUGUGUGAAAAAGCUUUAAAUGAUUAUUUAGAUCAAAAGAAAAAAGCUUUCCCACGUUUUUACUUCUUAUCUAAUAUUGCUUUGUUGGAUAUAUUAAGUAAUGGAAAAAAUCCUUUCAAAAUACUCCCUUAUAUAAAUGAUGUAUUUAAUGCUAUAAAAACGAUACAAUUUAAGGAGGACCUUGUUCAGAGGGUGCCUGUGUCGGAGCUAAAUGAACAAAAUGAAGAAAAUGAUUUAGUAAAGAAUGAGGAAAGAAGUGAAAAAACCCAAAACGACCAAAAUAAUGUUAACACAGAUGAUAAAAUUAAUGGUUUUACAAAUGGUGAAACGAAUGUUAACACAAAUGAUGCAGCGAAUGGUUAUACAAAUGAUGCCUCAUAUUAUGGGCAAGAGGAAGACGAAACAUAUCAGGGUGAAAAUAAAAAAUGCAAAGAUAUCAAAACGUGUGAACCCAAAGAUUAUAUAGCUAAAGGUGUUUAUAGUAUCGAAAAUGAACAUUUAGAAUUUUUGAACGAACUUGUUUUAAAAGGAAAUGUCGAAAAUUAUUUGAAAGAUUUGGAAACUCAUUUAAAAGUAACAAUUAGAAGUAUAUUAGAAAAUGCAAAAAUAUGUUCAGAAAAUUUAGAUGAACAGAAUAGAGAUGAGACUAUGAUAACAAAUUAUAUUAGUCAAGUAGUAUGUACAUGUAAUCAAAUUAUUGUAACAGAAGAAAUAAAUAAAUGUUUUGAUGAAUUAGAAAAUGGAAAUGAAUCAGCUUUUGUAGAUUAUAAAAAAGUAUUAAUUGAGAGAAUUAACAAAUUAAUAAAAUUAGUUGAAAAAACAGAUGAUUAUAAUAUAAGAACUAAAUUAUUAUCUUUAAUUAUAUUAGAUGUACAUACAAGAGAUGUUAUUAUAUCAUUUAUAAAAAAGAAAAUUUCCGAUAGUACUUCUUUUGAUUGGCAAGCACAAUUAAAAUAUUAUUGGGUUUAUGAUAAAAAAAUUAAUAAUUAUACAUGUGAAAUUAAAUUAUGUGAUUUUAAAACGAAAUAUCUAUAUGAAUAUAUAGGAAAUUCAGGAAAAUUAGUAAUAACCCCUUUAACAGAUAAAUGUUAUAUCACAUUAACACAAGCAUUAAAUUUAAUAUUAGGAGGUGCACCAGCAGGUCCAGCUGGUACUGGGAAAACAGAAACUACAAAGGAUUUAUCUAAAGCCAUUGGAAUAGCUAUAUUUAUAUUUAAUUGUAGUAACCAAAUGAAUUAUUUUAAUAUGUCUCAAAUAUGUAUAGGUUUAUCUCAAACAGGAGCUUGGGGAUGUUUUGAUGAAUUUAAUAGAAUAAGUAUAGAAGUAUUAUCAGUUGUUAGUACUCAAAUUAAAUGUAUAUUUGAUGCUAUUAAAGAGAAAAAAACCAUGUUUCAUUUUAUUGAUGAUGAAAUAGUAUUAAAGAAAACAUGUGGAUUUUUUAUAACUAUGAAUCCUGGAUAUGCAGGGAGAACCGAACUACCUGAAAAUUUAAAAAAUCUAUUUAGAUCAUGUUCAAUGAUUGUACCUGAUAUCAAAUUUAUUUGUGAAAAUAUGUUAAUGUCUUUUGGAUUUAUUAAAGCGAAUAAAUUAUCUUAUAAAUUUGUUGAGCUAUAUCAAUUAUGUAAAGAAUUGUUACAAAAAAAUAUUCAUUAUGAUUGGGGGUUAAGAGCUGUUAAAGUAGUAUUAAUACAAGCUGGCAACUUAAAACGAAAAUAUGCUAACUUCGAUGAAGAAAUUAUUUUAAUGAAAGCUUUAAAAGAUUUUAACAUACCUAAAAUUACAUAUGAAGAUAUACCUAUAUUUUUAGGAUUAAUUAAUGAUCUCUUUCCUAAUGUUAAUUGUAAUAUAUUCGAUGAAAAAGAUCAAGAAAAAGAAAAUGAUAAUGAUGAAGAACAUAAACAAGAACAACAAACAUAUAUUAUACAAGAAGAUGAAAAAAAAUUAUAUAAAAAGAAAAAAAAUAUUUAUCAUAAUAUAGAUAAAUAUAAAAGUAGCAUCACACAAAAUUUUACAAAUUCAAAUGAUAACAAAAAUGAUUUAUUAAUUAAUAAAGAUAAUUAUGAAACGAAUAAAAAUUUAGUCGCACAUUAUCAACAUGAUAUUUGUGAAGAUAUUUCCCAUAUAGAUAAAACUAAAAAGGAUGUACAAAUAUACGAAGGAGCAAAUAAUGAAAAAAGUGAUAUAAAUGAAUUAAGACAAAAAAAAAAUAUAAUAUCUGAUCAAAAUGUUAAUGAAAAUUAUUAUAUAAAUAAUAAAGAAUAUGAUAAAGAUUCAAAUAAAAUAGAUAAUUUAAAAGAGAAGAAAUUUAUGAAGGAAGAAAAAAGAAUGAUUAUUCACAAUUUUGAUGAUGCCAUAAAAAUAUGUUUGAAAGAAUCAAAUUUACAAAUAGAUGAUAAUUUCAUACUUAAAGUUAAACAACUCAAGGAUUUAAUGGAUGUAAGACAUUGUGUAUUUAUAUUAGGAGAAGAUGGGUGUGGGAAAUCUAGUGUCAUAGAUAUUUUAAUUAAAAGUUUAAAUAAAAUAAAUGAAAAAUGUUUAUAUGAAAUUAUAAAUCCUAAAUCUAUUGAAUCAUAUGAACUUUAUGGAUAUCUAACAAAAAAUAAUGAAUGGAUUGAUGGUGCUUUAUCAUCGAUUAUGAGAAAAAUGUCUAGAAAUAUUAGUCCAUAUAAUGAAAAUAUAAAACAUAAAAUAACUUUAUUAGAUGGUAAUAUAGAUGCUGAAUGGAUAGAAAGUAUGAAUACUGUAAUGGAUGAUAAUAAAGUAUUAACAUUAGUAAGUAAUGAAAGGAUACCCUUUACUAAAGAAAUGCACUUAUUUUUUGAAAUCACAAAUAUGAAAUAUGCAUCACCUGCUACCGUUAGUAGAGGUGGAGUUCUUUUUAUUAAUAAAGGAGAUAUUAGUUAUAAAUUAUUUAUAAGUUCAUGGAUUAAUUUGUUAAAUAAUAAUAUCGCAAAAACUGAAUUUUAUUAUCUAUUCAAUAUUUUUUAUUCACAGAAUAUAGACAUGUUAAGAAAACAAUGUAAAUUUGCUUUUGAUCUUUCAAACUUAGAUAUUGUAAAAUCUAUAUGUAAUUAUAUCGAUUAUUUCUUGUAUAAAUAUGAAAAAUAUAUUAAUGAAGUCAUAAAAAAAAUCGAAAACAAACAAAAUGAAGAAAUAAACUUUAUGAAAAAUGAAAAUAAUAGACAAAACUUAUCUAAUUCCAAUACGAAAAGAAAAGAUAAAACAACAAAAGAUAAAGAUACAAAAGAAAUAAAUGAUAUUCAUAAUAUAGAUAAAAAAAAAAACAAACAAAAAGAAUCUCAAAAAAUGGACAAAAAAACAAAUUCUUUCAAAGAUAAAAUAAUAACAAAUGAUAAGGAAUCUAAAUUAAAACUUCAAAAAAAUAUAAAUCAUGUAGAUGAUAUAAAAAUGAAUACAAAAAAUUUAAUACAUAAUGAAGAAAAAAAUAUAAUAAAUAAAAUUAAUUAUAAUUAUGAAAUAUUAAAAGAUUAUUAUAAUUGUUUUUUUAUGAACUCCUACAUGUGGGUAAUAAACAAUUUGAUAAUAGAUGAUAAAAUUAUGAAUUCCAAAAAUAUAUUUAGUAACAAUAUUAAAAGUAAUUUAAAGGUAAAAAUGGGGAAUGACUAUUGUUGUAAUUAUAUAUAUAAUAUAUAUGAAAAUAAUUGGAAACACUUGAGCGAAUAUUUAGAUGAAGAUAUUUUAUUUCUUCAGAAAUUAAAAUGGAAAACUUCUGAGAUGGAAAAUGAGGAAAAGGGCUAUGAAAAUGAAGUGCUACUAGAGGGUGAUGAAGAUGACAAUAUGGAUGACACACAUGAUAAUAUGGAUGACACACAUGAUAAUAUGGAUGACACACAUGAUAAUAUGGAUGACACACAUGAUAAUAUGGAUGACACACAUGACAAUAUGGGUGAUACACAUGACAAUAUGGAUGAAAAGAAAAAGAAAAAGUUAAUAAAAAAUAAGAAAAAGAAAAAAAAGACAAUUAAUAACUAUAUUGAAAAUAUGUUACCAAAUAAUUAUGAUGAUAUAUAUAUAAACACCAUAGAAUUAAUAAGAAUUGAAAAAAUGAUAAAAUAUUGUUUAGAAAGAAAUCAAGCAAUAUUAGUAUAUGGAAAUAAUGGUACAGGAAAAACGAAAUGUAUUAAGAAUAAUAUAAAUAUGAAUAUUGAAAAGUUUACUCAUACAAUUAUAAGUAUAAAUUAUUAUACUAAUUCAUUCGUACUACAAAAAAUCAUAGAAAAUAAUGUGGAAAAAAGAAAUACAAGAACCUAUGGUCCUCCUAAUCAAAAGAAACAUAUAUUUUUUCUAGAGGAUUUAAAUAUAACUGCCAAAGACAAUUGUGAUACUCAACAGACAUUAGAAUUUUUAAGACAAUUAUUAACAUAUAAAUUAAUAUAUGAUAGAGAUAAUUUAGAUGAAAAGAAAUUUAUUCAUGAUAUAUCCUUUAUAGGAACUAUUAAUAAUAAUACAAACAAACUUAUAGAUAAAAGAAUUCAGAAUAAAUUUAGUAUAAUAAAUAUUGAUGAUAUAAGUAUGAAAACAUUUGAAAAUAUAUAUAAAAUAAUAUUAAAACAACAUUUACUUAAAUUUGAUGAUUCUAUAAAAUGUUUAUUAAAUAAUAUUAUAUCAUUUUCUUAUGAUUUAUAUACUAAUAUAACAGAAAAUAUAUCAUUUAAUUUGUCUAAUCUAGCUCCUCAUUAUUUAUUUAAUUUGAAUGAUAUACAUACAAUAUUUUAUAAUAUAAUAAAAUGUACUAAUCCAGAUAUAUAUAAUAAUCAAUUUAAAUUUCUUAUGAUUGUAUUUCAUGAAAUGCAGCAUGCAUAUAUAAAUAAGUUAAUAUCUGAUGAUCAUAUAAAUAUUUUUACUCAAUUAUUUAAUAAAUUAGUUCAGCAAUAUUUCCCAUUCUUUAAAGAAGAUUUUGAAAAACAUAUAGAUGUGUUUGAUAGUACUAAUGAGCCACAUAAUGUUGAACAUGGUCAGGAUAUUACAUCUAAUAAGUCUUUAACAUUUCAUGAAAAUGAUAAUGUUGAUAAUGAUACAUAUAAUAAUAAUAUGGAUAAUGGCUUCAAAAAUGACAGAAAUGUUAAUAAUAAUAAUAAUAAUAUUGAUGGUGAUGGUGAUGACCAUGGUCAUGGUGAUGGUAUUAAUGUUAGAACCGUUGAAAAAACUCAUUUAGACAUGUCAAAUAAUCUAAAUAAUUCAAAUGAUAAAGACAAUAUUAUUAUGAAAAUGAAAAAAAGUAAUAAUAUUAACACAGAUAGUUACAACAACAAUAAUAAUAAUAAUAAUAUUAAUGUGAAGGUAAAAGAAAAAAAUUUAAUAUAUGAUUUAAACAAAAACAUUUUUACAUCUUUUAUAUCUAUUAGAAAUGGAUUAGAUAAAAUGUAUCUAAAUGUAAAAAAAUUUUAUGUAUUAAAAGAAGUAUUAACAGAAAAAUUGAAUGAAUAUAAUACUACACAUGUAGAAUUACCAUUAGUUUUAUUUGAUUAUGCAAUUAUUCAAAUAUGUAAAAUUUGUAGAAUUCUUGAUUUUAAUAUAUCACAUUUAAUGUUGAUUGGAUUUGGAGGAUCUGGAAAACAAUCUUUAAUAAAAUUAAGUAUAUUUAUUAAUUCUUUAAAUUUAUUAAAUAUAUCAACAAAUAAUAAUUAUGAUGUUAAUAAUUUUAAAUCAGAUUUACAAGAAUUUCAUUUAAAAUGUGCCAUAAAACCAGGAAAUGUACAUGUCUUAUUAUUGAAAGAAAAUGAUAUAUUAGAUUCUUUUCUUCCUUAUAUAAAUGAUUUAACAUCAACUGGUUUAUGUAAUGAUUUAUUUACAAAAGAUGAAUAUUUAGGUAUAUUUUCUUCUAUACGUAAUCAAAUAAAAUAUUUAAAUAUAGGAGAAAGUAAUGAAGAUGUUUUUAAUUAUUAUAUUAAUAAAAUAAAAACAAAUUUAAAAAUUGCUAUCACUCAUUCACCUAUUAGUAAUUUAUACAGGGAUCGAUUAAUUAAAUUUCCUUCAUUUCUUUCUAAUUUUUCUUUUAUUUAUUUUUUACCAUGGCCAUAUGAAGCUCUUGUUAAUGUAUCGAAUAAAUUUUUAAGUGAUAUAAAGAUCAAACAAGAUCUGAAAAAAAAAAUUUGUGAACAUAUGGCAUAUGUUCAUACAAGUACUAAUGAAAUGAAUAAAAAAUAUUUAGAACAAAAAAAUAGAUAUAAUUAUGUUAUUCCUAAAACCUUUUUAGAAUAUAUUUAUUUUUAUAAGAAUUUGUUAAAUGUCAAAAAUUUUGAAAUUGAGAAAUCUGUAGAAAGAUUAAAUAAAGGGUUAUUAGCCCUAACUAGUACUAGAGAAAAUGUUCAAGUGUUACAAAAAGAAAUUGAAAUAAAAAUUACUAACAUAGAAGAGAAAAAAAUUGAAGUCAAUGAAAUAUUGAAUAAAGUAAAAGAAGCAACUGAGGUGACAAAUAAAGAACAGCAAAUUGUUAAUGAAGAGAAAAAGAAAACAGAAAUAUUUACUAAAGAAGCUAUAGAAAUACAAUUAAAAGCAGACAAGGAAUUAAGUGAGGCUUUACCUAUAAUGAAUAAAGCUAAAGAUGCUGUUAAUUGUAUAACUAAAUCAGCUAUUCAAGAAUUGAAAUCAUUACAAAAUCCUCCAAAAGAAUGUCUAGAUGUUACACAUGCUGUUUUAAUUGCAUUAAAAGAAAUUAAAAAUUAUUCUUGGAAAUUUGCUCAAAAAAUUAUGAAUAAUCCUACUCAAUUUUUAAGUAAGUUACAAAAAUUUGAUGCAGAAAAUAUGGAUGAAGAAACUGUAAAUUUAUUAACACCUUUUAUUCAAAAAAAAUUCUUUAAUUAUGAGAUGAUGAAAACCAAAUCUUCAGCUUGUGCCUAUUUAGCUUUAUGGUUAGUAAAUAUAGUAAAAUAUAAUGAAGUAUAUAAAAAAGUUAAACCUUUAAUGGAUAAAUUACAAGAAGCAACUAACAAUAAAAAUAAAGCACAAGAAAAAUUAGAUCAAUUAGAGAAUAAAGUAAAAGAAUUAACAGAUAGUGUUGAAAAAUUAAGAAGAAAAAUGAAUGAAGUCAAUGAAGAAAAAAAUAAUGUAAUAAAAAUAUAUAAUGAAUCAAAAGACAAAUUAAAUAGAGCUGAAAAUUUAGUAAAUAUGUUAUCUGAUGAAUAUUCAAGAUGGUCUGAUGAAAUUGCUAUAAUUAAUUCUAAUAAAAAAUUCAUAUAUGGUGACUGUUUAUUACUUUCCUCCUUUAUAACAUAUUUAGGAGUUUUUUCAAGUUCUUUCAGAAUAAAAUUAUGGAAACAUUUAUGGCUAGAACAUAUAAAAAAUAGUAAUAUUCUUAUUAAUAAUAUUACAUCUCCUAUUGAUAUUAUGGUUCAAGAUAUACAAAUAGCAACUUGGAAAAAUGAAAAAUUACCUGAAGAUAUAAUAAGUAUAGAAAAUGCAUUAAUUGUUAGUACUUGUUAUAGAUGGCCAUUAUUAAUUGAUCCUCAGUUACAAGGAUUAAAAUGGCUCAAGGCAAAAGGAGGAAAUAACAUUACCGUUCUUCAAUUUAAUUGUGAACAUUUUAUUAAAAAAAUUAAAAAUGUUAUAUCAAAAGGGGGAUAUUUAAUAAUUGAAAAUAUUAGUGAAGAAAUUGAUAAUGUUAUUGAUGGAUUAUUAAAUAGGGAAUUUAUUAAAAAGGGAAAUGAUAUAUAUAUAAAAAUUGAUAAUGAAGAAAUGUUAUUUAAUUAUCCUAAUGCUAUAAAUAGAAUUGAUAAAAUCAAGUCUUUUUUUGAAACUAAUAUUAAUAGUAAUACUGCUACUACUAAUAAUAGUAAUAAUAAUAGUAAUAAUAAUAAUAAUAAUAAUAAUAAUAAUAAUAAUAAUAAUAUUACUAUCAAUAAUAGCGGUGCCUCCCAAAUAAACAACACAAAUAAUGAUAACAACAAUAUUACAAUAGAUAAUCAAAAUAAUUAUGGUAAUGAACCAGGAGAUUCAAAUAAAAAUUAUCAUAAACAAAACUCACAAAAUAUGAAUAAAUCCUUUUCCAGCGAAAAUUUAUCCAAAGUUAAUUUUUUUAAUCUCAUUUUACAAACUAAACUAAGUAAUCCACACUUUAAACCUGAAGUCAAUAGCCAAUGUACCUUAAUCAAUUUUAGUGUCACUUGUGAAGGAUUAGAAGAACAAAUAUUAGCUAUAAUUGUAAAUAUAGAAAAACCAGAAUUAGAAAAACAGAAACAAAUAUUAGUAAAAAAUAGAAAUGAAUAUAAAAUCAUAUUAAAUAAUCUAGAAGAUGAAAUAUUAUAUCAAUUAUCUACUGUUGAUUCAAAAACAAUUAUAGAUAAUAUUUCAUUAAUUAAUAGUUUAAAAACUACAAAAGAUACUUCUAUUAAUAUACAAAAACAAGUUGCAGAUUCAAUUAAUACAGAAAAUGAAAUUAAUAAAACUAGAGAAUUAUAUAGAACUCUUGCUAAUGAAGCUUCUAUUGUUUAUUUUAUUUUAAUACUUAUGCAUAAUAUUAAUUAUAUGUAUCAAUAUUCUUUGGAUUCUUUUAUUAAUCUACUAUUAAAAUCUAUUGAAGUUGUUAAUAGUGAUAGUAUGAAAAUGUUAUCUAAUAAAAACUUAGAUAGUCAAAUAUCAAAUAAUAAUAAUAAUAUGUAUGAUGAUGAUGAUAAUAAUAAUAAUAAUAAUGGUGAACAUAGACAUUUACAAAAACAUGAUGACAAAUAUUAUGAUUCUAAAAUAUAUCUUAAUGAUAAUGAUGAAAAUAAUAACAACAAUAAUGAUGAUAAUAAUAAUAAUAAUCAUAAUAUUAAUAAUGUGUAUGAUGAACAUAUGAAUAAAUUAAUUAUAUCUUUUAGAAAAACGAUAUAUUCGUGGAUUAAUAGAGGGUUAUUAGAAAAAGAUAAACUUUUAUUUAAUUGUAUAUUUGUAUUUAAAUUAUUAGAAAAGAAAAAAAUUUAUGAUAAAGAUUUUAAUAUGGAUUAUCUAAAUUUCUUUUUAAAACCUCCAAGAGGUAAAGGUGUUACAGAAAACCCAUUAAAAGAAUGGCUUAGUGAUGAUUGUUGGGAAAAUAUUUUAAUAUUAUCCAAAUUUAAAGAAUUUGAAAAUUUAUCAAAUAAUAUUCAUAUAGAUGCACAACAUAAAUUUAAACAGUGGUGUUCAGAAAUCCAACCUGAAAUAUGUAAAUUACCUUUAGAAUGGAAAAAAUUAAAUAAUUAUUCUUUCAAAAAAUUAUUAAUUAUUAGAUCCUUACGACCAGAUAGAAUAACAGUUACUUUAGAAAAAUAUAUUAAAAGUAUCUUACCAAACAGUGAAGAAAUUAUGGAGAAAAAAAAUUCUUUUGUUGACACAUUAGAAUCUUCCUAUAAUUUUAUGGUUAAUUCUACACCAAUUUUAUUUAUAUUAACACCUGGUUCUGAUUUUAUAAAAUAUGUAGAAAUAUUAGGAAAAAAAUAUAAGUUCUAUUUAAACCAAAAUUUACAUGUAGUUUCCUUAGGACAAGGACAAGAAUCAAUUGCUUUAUCAAAAUUAGAGUUAUCACAUAAAGAAGGCCAUUGGAUUGUUUUAGAAAAUAUACACUUAAUGGCAAAAUUUAAUUUAAUUCUAGAAAAUGUAAUAGAUAAAUAUGCUACUGAAGGCUCACAUCCAAAUUUUAGAUGUUUUUUAACAUCAGAAAUAACAACAAAUAUUCCUAUCAGUAUAUUAGAAAGAUCUAUUAAAUUAACGAAUGAAGCUCCUACAGGUUUUAAAGAAAAUUUAAAAAGAGCAUUUACUUUUUUUUCACCAGAUGAUUAUGAAGAAAAAGAUUUAAGAACCAAAAAUAUAUUGUUUUCAUUAUGUUAUUUUCAUUCUAUAAUUGUUGAAAGAGCAAAGUUCGGUUCACAAGGAUUUAAUAUAAAGUAUCCAUUUAGUUUAAGUGAUUUAAGAGAUAGUGCGAAAGUCCUUUUUAAUUAUUUAGAUAAUCAAAAUUCUAUAAAAGUACCAUGGAACGAUUUAAAAUAUAUUUUUGGUGAAAUUAUGUAUGGUGGGCAUAUUGUUAAUGAUAAAGAUAUGUUGAUAUGUAAAACAUAUUUAAAUUAUUUUAUGAAAGAACAAUCAUUAGAAGGAAUGCAAUUAAUACCAUUCUCUAAAAAUAUACAAUUAUUUAGUCCUAAUAAUUAUUCUUAUGAAAAAAUUUUAAAAUAUAUAGAUACACAAAUAAUAUUUGAAUCUUCUAUUUUAUAUGGUUUAAAUCAACAUGCAGAAAUGAAUUUUAGAACAAAUGAAAGUAUUAAAUUAUUAAAAAAUAUAUUAAAAUUAAAACUUAAAGAAACAUCAACCUUUGUAGAAGAAUUAACAACUGGUGAAACUAUGGAAAAUAAAACAUCAAAUAUUUUAUCCGAAAUAUUAAGUGAAAUAGAUAAUAUCUUUUUUAAUGUGGAAGAACUUAUGAAAUCUAUACCAGAUGAUCAAAUAACUCCUUUACAAUAUUUUCUAUUUCAAGAAUGUACUUUAAUGAAUUCUUUAACUAGUGUAAUGAAAAAUUCUUUAAAAGAAUUGAAUUUAGCUAUUAAAGGUGAAAUUAAUAUGACAAGUAAAAUCGAAUCUCUUAUGAAUGCAUUAUAUAAAGAUAAAUUGCCAGAAUUAUGGAAAAAUAAUUCUUAUUCAAGUAAUCGAAAUUUAUCAUCCUGGGUUAAUAAUUUGAAAGAAAGAAUUGCUUUUCUAACCGAAUGGUUUAAUGAUCCUUUAUUAACACCUAAAGUUUUUAAUAUAUCUUUAUUAUUUAAUCCAAACAGUUUUUUUAGUGCAAUUAAACAAAUCUUAUCGAGAAAUGAAAAAUGCGAAUUAGAUAAAAUUAUUAUGCAAAUUGAAGUAACUAACAAAUCUUUAAAUAAUAUUCAUUCAUAUCCUAAAGAAGGUGCUUAUAUUUAUGGUUUAUAUUUAGAUGGAGCAAAUUAUGACGUAGAAAAAAAUACCUUAUGUGACUCUUCGUCAAAACAAAAAUAUUUCUUAAUGCCAGUUAUACACUGUAAACCAAUUGUUAGCAUGGGAAAAAUAGAUACAGACGUAUAUGAAUGUCCUGUAUACAAAACCUUGUCGAGAGGACCUACAUAUGUAACAAAUAUAAAGUUAAAAACCAAGGAAAGUUCAGAAAAAUGGAUCUUAGCAGGUGUUGCAUUGAUUUUGGAUAUAGCAGAUGAUUAA